CAACGAGGAAGCCAGAAAGCCAGAAGGAGCAGCAGCAAAAUGGCCAGCGAACGAGUGGCCAGAGGGCCAGCCGCAGGACUCCUGCGCUCCACAUUCAAUAUGCUCGCAUUCAGUUGGAUUAUAAUCAGCGAGCUAAUGCUCAGCGCUCAUUGCCUGAAGGAUCUGAAGAUAUUUGUGCCGGAGGCCGUCAUCAUGGGAAAUGCAGCGACAUUGUCUUGUCAAUAUGAUUUGGAGCAGGCUGCACUGUAUGCCGUUCGCUGGUACUUUGGCCAGGAGGAGUUCUAUCGCUAUGUACCCCGCGAGGCCAAGCCCACAUUUGUCUUCGCCGUUGCCGGCAUUAAUGUUGAUCUCACCAAUUCGGAUGCCACGUCCGUCACAUUGAAGGGUGUCAGCCGUGAGCUGAGCGGCAGCUAUCAGUGCGAAGUCUCCGAGGAUGCGCCGCUCUUUCACACGGAAAUACGCUCCGCGCACAUGCAGGUGAUUGAGCUGCCCAAAGAUGAUCCCGUGAUGCAGGUGGACAAGAAGGUGAUUGGCGCCAAUGACCACUUCAAGGCUGUGUGCACUGUGGGCCCCUCCUAUCCACCGGCGAACAUAACAUGGUACAUCAAUGGACGAAAGGUCUAUAAAACCCCGCUGCAGCGCAUCACACAGGAUGCGUUUGAGGGCUCCACGACAUACUCCUCGCUGGAGAUCUAUCCGCACAGUCAGGUGCUGCAGGGCUUCUUCCAGGCGAUGCCCAAAUAUCAGCCGAACAUAAUGCUGCUCUGCGAGGUGUCCAUCCUGCACGUGUUCCACAAGAGUGUGCAGCUGCGCAUUGGGUUGAGCAAUGCGCCGCCAACGACCAUUUCGCCCAAUCUGCUCGGCCUCGAGGGCUCCAAGCGGUAUGCCAACGGCGAUCCGGACAACUCGGCGCUCACCGGCGCCUCUCAGUGCAUCUGCUGCAGCGCUCUGGGCGCUGUCACACUCGCACUGGCGACGCUGGCGCUGGCACAGCUGUGACCGGUAUAUGCAGCAAUAUAAACAAUUAUUAUUGGAAAGCAAACACGGGGGAGAGUGGAGCAGGAGCAGGAGCACGAGGAGGAGCUGGCACAUAAAGUGUAAUUAAAAAAUAACAACAAAAAAACAACAAGAAACUAUACAAAAAUAUGAGCGAA